AUGAAGUUCUCCCUCGUCUUCCUCGCCGGUGUUGUCGCCGCUGCUCCUUCCGCGCUCGACUCUCGCCAGACUUACACCCCUUGCUCGGGAUUGUACGGCAGCGCUCAGUGCUGUGCCACCGACGUCCUUGGCAUCGCCGACCUUGACUGCGGCCAGCCCCCGACCGGACCCACGAGCGCCGACGACUUUAGCGCCGUCUGCUCUGCCAUCGGCCAGCGUGCUCGCUGCUGUGUCCUCCCCAUCCUGGACCAGGGCAUUCUUUGCAACACCCCCGUUGGUGUCCAGGAUUAA